UCCAUACGGAAAUCCCCAAACCCAAACAAGCAGUAAGCCAUAGUAACAAUCGAUCUGAUCUCUUCCUCUCGAUCUCUAGCACAGCAACCAAGUAACAUCUAUGGCCACCUCGAGGUCGUCGUCUCUCUCCGGCGGCAUGUCCACGCCGGCACUGCUACAACAAUCCACGGCCGCCGCCCUGUUCCUGCUCCUUCUCCUCGCGCCGCCGACCUUGACCACAGCCCAGCUAGACAUAAACUUCUACAGCAAGUCCUGCCCGGAGCUCGAGAAGACGGUCCGCCAAGAGAUGCUCGCCAUCCUCAAAGAAUCCCCGACGCUCGCCGGCCCGUUCCUCCGUCUCCACUUCCACGACUGCUUCGUGCGCGGCUGCGACGCGUCCGUCCUCCUCGACUCCGGCCCCAACACCCCGAUCCCCGCCGCCACCGCCGAGAAGGACGCGCCGCCCAACAAGAGCCUGCGGGGCUUCGGCGCCGUGCAGCGGGUCAAGGACAAGCUCGACGCGCUCUGCCCAUCCACCGUCUCCUGCGCCGACGUCCUCGCCCUCAUGGCCCGCGACGCCGUCUUCCUCAGCUCAGGCCCGUCCUACGCCGUCCCUCUCGGCCGCCGCGACGGGCUCCGCUCCGUCGCCAACGACACCAAGCAGCUCCCGCCGCCCACCUCCAACUUCACCCGCCUCGCCGCCAUGUUCGCCGCCAAGGGGCUCUCCCCAAAAGACAUCGUCGUGCUCUCCGGCGCCCACACGCUCGGCACCGCCCGGUGCGUGUCCUUCUCCGACCGCCUCUACAACUACACCGGCGCAAAUAACCUCGCCGACGUCGACCCGGAGCUCGACGGGGAGUACGUCACCGCUCUGAGGUCACGCUGCCAGAGCCUCGCCGACAACACGACGCUCGCCGAGAUGGACGCCGGGAGCUUCGAGACCUUCGAUGCCGGUUAUUACCGGCUUGUCGCUAAGCGGCGUGGCGUGCUGCAUUCUGAUGCUGCGUUGCUGGAGGAUGAGGAGACGAGGGCUUAUGUGGAGAGGCAGGCUACGGGGAUGUUUGUGGCAGAGUUCUUCAGGGAUUUUGCAGAGUCGAUGGUGAAGAUGGGGAGCAUUGGCGUGCUCACUGGGGAUCAGGGCGAGAUCAGGAACAAGUGCUACGUCGUCAACAGCCACCACUAAUCCAUCCAUCUCUUAUGCAUCGGAAUAACCAUGCAUGCUUAAUUAACUACACGCAACUUUUAAUUUGAGAUUGCAUCUCUUCGCACACAUAUAUAUAUAUAUGUGUGUGUGCGCGCUUGAUUAAUUUCAACAUAUGGUUACAUUUAUUCCUUUGUAUGUAAGUGUGUAUGUAUAUUUGCUGGUCGUGCUUGCUUGUAACACUGAUUGCUUGGUGAAUUUCUUGUUUUGAUUUUUUUUCCCUUUUUCCUGGGGGUUUGGCUCAGUUCAUCAUGUAACAAUGACAUGUGGAGUAACGUAAUAAGACAUUUUCCCAUGUUUUUUGC